GCAAAACCCUCCUUCUCCCUUUGUCUCUAUGCCAGUUAUCAAAUGCACGCUUACAAAGCUCUGUGUUUCAUUAUUGUUUUGCUCGUGGAAUGUUCGUAGGGCUAAUUUAACUUCUGUUUUCGUAUUUCUUUACUUGCCUUUUACGUGAUUUGAAUUAAAUUCGUAUAUGUUCCCGCUGAUAGAUUACUCGCCCUUUUGUAAUGUAUAUAACUUAUUGUGUUUCUGGGAAAUUUCUUCGAUCGGGUUUGCAUAUGGUGCGUGUUAUCUCCUCCUUUGUAUGAAUCUAGUUCUGCAGAAGCAAAAACUAUGCAGGUGUUGUGGGACAAAGGGGGCUCCUUGAUCUGUAGGAUGAUGAUGCCUAGCUAAGUUGUAUUUCUGUGAAAUUUCGGGGAAUGGAAAAGGCCGAGAGAAAACAUAGUAGAAGCCAUGUUGGUUUAUUUGAUGUUGGAGAAAUGGAAGCCAUUCUGCAAGCAUACAAGUGUGUAGUUCCUGGCCGUGAAAUUCUCGAGGCUCUUGCUCAGAGGUUUAGUUCCUCUGCUGAGAGAGCUGGGAAGGUGGAGGUUUCAGUGAAACAAGUCUUGAACUGGUUCCAAAAUAGGCGCUAUGCUAUUCGAAAUAAAUCAGCUAGGGCUUUGGUCCCUGGGCAAGUGAGCAUGCCUGGAGUUCCUAGAGAUGAGCAAGUAACAUCAAGUGUUCCUCCGGCUCCUCAACUGCAAACUGCUCCUUCAACUACAGUGACAGGUGUGCCCCAAGCUCCUCAAUCUAUCCCAUCAUCAGCAAUGCCAACUGCUGGAAGGAAUGCUGUGGAGAAUUCUGAAAUGGAAUUUGAAGCUAAAUCGGCCAGAGAUGGUGCAUGGUACGAUAUAGCAUGUUUUCUGUCACAUAGAUCACUGGAGACUGGUGAUCCGCAACCUCAGGAAGCCCUUGUUCGUCUUUCUGGUUUUGGAGAAGAAGAGGAUGAAUGGGUCAACAUUCGUAGGCAUGUGAGGCAACGAUCACUCCCAUGCGAAUCAUCAGAGUGUGUUGCAAUUCUUCCUGGAGAUCUAGUGCUCUGUUUUCAGGAAGGCAAAGAACAGGCCCUUUACUUUGAUGCACACAUCCUUGAUGCUCAAAGGCGGAGACACGACAUAAGAGGCUGUCGUUGUAGGUUUCUCGUAAGAUAUGAUCAUGACCAAUCUGAGGAAAUAGUUCCCCUCAGGAAGAUAUGCCGUCGACCUGAAACUGAUUAUAGAUUGCACCAACUCUAUGCUAGAAAAACCAGUGCAGAUUCUCAGGCAGGUGUAACAACACAGAACGAGCCCAAAACUGAGGAUCCCACAGAAACCAGAUCAGUAGCUAUUCCUGCAGCCACCGAGUCCCAAUUACCGCCAGUGAAGAUCGCCGACACUGGAAAUGCAACUAGUGCAGUAGAAAAUGCUCCAGCCACUGUAGAUACUGCACCAGCCAUUGGAGGUUCACAUCCAAUCACAGCGUCACAGUGGAAGGCAGGCAAGGCAAGGCAAGCCAACUUGCUAGUGGAGUUCAAAAAAUAACUUCCAAUAUAGGUGAUAAUAUUACACACACAAAAUGCUUCAAUUAAUCUACAAAGGAAAAUGUUUAUGAAGUAAAAAAAAAAAAAAAAAAAAAGGUAAACUACAAAGAAUGAGUCACAUGGAAUGUCUCUCUGUCUUACUUAAUAGUAGUAGUUUUCUUGAAAUGUAUAUUUAUUGCAAUGAACACUAAAGCCAACUCAACUCAAACAGGCAGACACAUACUAAUUAAGAUUAUUAUUUUUUCUUACAACAAAUUACAGACGUAAUAACACGUUGUCCGCGAUCAGAUCCUAAUAUGAUCAUUAAUAGUUAAUUAGUUGUUAAAAAAAAAAAAGAAGGAUUAAAUAACACCCAAGAAAUC